AUGGAAAUUACCGAAACAGGGACUAUAUGUUUCAAGAAAGCAAAGGUCUCAGACACGCCGGAUUGUAUGGUCCAGUUGAUGAGAAACACGAAAGGAGCGCAAGACCCGAUGCUAAUCUUCGAGAAGUCUCUGUUUGAAACAGAUGUCAAACCAAGCCAGAGCCGUCUCUCGAUCCCUUUCAACAAACUGAUUCGAAACGACUUCUUGACGCCUGCUGAGUCGAGAAUCAUCGAGGAAGACAUCAGCAACAGAGAAAAUAUGGGUUUGGGUGAUCAAGGCAUUAAAAAGUGGGGUGUGUUUCUCAAGAGAUGGGAGAUGCACGGUUCUUGGAAUUACGCUUCGGUUUGUGGUUGGAAAGAUGGAGACAACAUUAGUCUUUGGUCUUUCAGGUGCCGAGGAGUUCUCUCUUUUGCCCUUGUUCCUCUGAGAUAA